AUCGGGGGGAGGCCGAGUUGUGAGCGGCAGCUCCGGAGCAUCGGUCCAGGCCCAGUGGGCGCAGUGUAGGCCGUCGCUCGGCCUCGAACGUCCAACGAAAGAGGCCGCUUCCAGUAGGAAACGGAAGUAUCGCCAUAACGACGGCGUCCCAAAGCGGAGCGAGUUGCCGCGCUGGAGCUCGAGGACCCCCGUACCCGGGGUGGGGGGCGCUAGUCUGAGGGGGAGCCCCGUCCCCGGGGAAGGCCUCCCUGCUGGGGGUGGGAUGUGGAGGUUGUUCCUAUGUGGUACCCUCCCAGUCACCGUCUGAGUCUCCCCUGACCCUUGGGGGCUCACUGGGGUCCUUGAGUUCUGCCCCUGAGUCCCAAAGUACCAACAAUAAUAGAACUUGUAACUCCUGCAACUUGUCGGACCACUCCCCAAACCACAGGCUACCCUCUUAACUCGGCUUCUGAUGAAUGAAUGGCUGCGAGUCCCUCUCAUGGUAUUCACACCCUGUUAGAUCUGCUUUGUUUUCUGCUUCAUGCUCAGCUGCAUUGAGAAUGGCUCUGGAGACUCUACGACUGCAGAGUUCAGUAUCCUGAGCAAACUAUAUUGUACUGUGCCGGGAAUCAAGGAAUUCACUAUUAUUGGGGUGUUGCUCAGUGUGAAUGAUUUCAUUUACCUGGAGGGAUUAGUUUAAUUUUCUUUGAGCAGUCAGGAACCACGGGAGGUUACGUGAAUUGCAGAGGUUGAGAUGUGUGUGGGUGCCGAAUAUUGUUGAGAAUAAUGUUCCCUCUAAUUUGUAAUGACAGUGCACCCAAAAAUCCUGUGCUGCACAAUUUGUUUACCCAGUGACAACAGCACUUUUGCACUGAAUUUUACAUAUAGAGGUAUUCAUUUUAACAACAAUGCCCUCAGUAAAACUUUGCUCUCCUCUGGGUUUGAUCGUUUUUGCUGUCGUUCAUCUGCACUUUCACAAAACAUGGAUAGUGGGUCUGUCGUGGGUAAUGAAAGAUUUAAAAAGCGAAGUUUCCAAAUGUCAGUCCACUCUCCCACUUGCAAGUUCUCCAGCAACUUUUGCAUCGUGACAAUGCACACAGAGUCCGCACUGAUGCUCUUCACUGUUUGCGUUAUUUCUGUUCUGGAAUAUUCCCUGCAGUGCUCUUUAAUUGAGUCUUAAGAAUUAUGAGGUGACAGGAAUUGUCUGCAAGAGGAAUAGUGCUGCAAUCUGAUUGGAUUUUUGCCCCAGGAAAAUGGCGCAAUCUGACCUCCAGUUGGUUGUGCACUUUGCCCUUCUCUCCAGAAUCCUGGCCAUCUUUUUCCAGAUAGUGUUUAAUUCUCUGAUUCCUGACCACAGAGCAGAUGCGUUCCGUGUGCCCCCAUUACACAGUCCAAGCACUGGUGACGAGUUGCUGGAGUUUCUGCUUGGUGGUUUCUCUCGCUGGGACGCACAGCAUUUCCUGUUCAUCGCAGAAUUUGGGUACAUCUACGAACAAAGCUUUGCCUUCUUCCCACUGUUUCCGCUGAGCGUGAGGGCCCUGGCAGAGGCGAUCCUCCGACCACUCGAGCCGUGGCUUAGUCUUGGCAGCCGGCUGCUGCUCGCCUCGAUGCUUCUGAACACCGUGCUCUUCGUGCUCUCUGCGGUCGUUCUCUACCGCCUGGGCCUGGCUGUGCUCCGCGAUCGCAGGCUGGCUGCUGUGUCCAGCCUCCUCUUCUGCCUGAACCCUGCUAGCAUCUUUAUGUCGGCUGCCUAUUCCGAAAGCCUGUUUGCACUGCUGACAUUUAGUGGAAUGCUGCUCCUUGAGAGAGCACAGCCCCUGACCAGCUGCCUUCUCUUUGCCUUGUCUACAGCGGCACGAUCCAACGGGAUUGUAAAUGCAGGGUUUCUGUUUCACUCCCAGCUAAAGCGCUGCCUUUUGUACCUGAGGCCUACACGGAAAGACUGGCACAAGUGCUUGGGCCCAGUCCUCCGAUCGGUACUGUUGGUGACCGGGGGAUUGGUGGUGAUCAUUUUGCCCUUCGCUCUCUUUCAGUAUUAUGGAUACCUGACGUUCUGCAGGUCGACGGUGAACCCCGUUUUGAGCAUUCCUCAACCUCUGCUGCAGCUGGCCACGGAAAAGGGCUACCUUGUGCCAGAUAAGGACAAAGCUGUGCCCAGCUGGUGCCAUCACUGGUACCCCGUUGUAUACUCCUACAUUCAGGAUACCUACUGGAAUGUGGGCUUCAUGAAAUACUACCAGCUCCGGCAGCUUCCCAACUUCCUGCUUGCAUUCCCGAUCGUAUUUCUGGGUGUCUGGGGAGCCCGGCAAUAUAUACUGGUCGAUCCCUGGUAUUGCAUCCGCCUGGGUCUGAUCAACAAAACGCCGAAGGAGGAGAGAGAAGGGGAUGGAAAACCACCGUCUGGCUUCCACAGUCGUGGUGUGUUCGUCUAUGUUGUUCACUCGGCAGCGCUGCUGGCGUUUGGAGUCUGCUUCAUGCACAUCCAGGUUAUCACCAGGUUCCUGGCUUCCGCCUCCCCCGUCCUCUACUGGUUCUCUGCCCACUUGCUGCAGGAAGCAGGGCCUGGGCAGGAUGCUGCUCCCUCACCACAUCCGUACGAGUUUACAGUCAUCCCCAGAAACCACCUCACUGCUCUCCUGCAGGACUGGAAAAGGUGCAGCCUGACUGCACGUUGUGUUCUUGGGUAUUUCAUACUGUACUGGUUUCUUGGCCUUGCUCUGCAUUGUAAUUUUCUCCCUUGGACGUGACCAAUUCCUGCCAUAAAUCCCACCCACACGGUGUUGGUACUCUAUGAUCCUCAGGGCUAGCAAAGAACAGCUUUACUGAAUUCUCUACCAGGUCAACUGUAUAAAUACACCAGGUAGGAGAAUUCAGAGGAGUAGCUUGUCAUGUGUGCUGGGGUGGGGGAUCACCUGAAGAUUCACUACUGACUUUGAACAGCUACAAGGCACGUCACGGGAGUGAAGGGAUGCUUUGAGGAAUGAAGCCCCAGUAACGCUCAAAGGGCAUGCGCUUCAGAUGAGAGCGGGUAAGUUCAAAGGAGAUGUGCGUGGCAAGCUUUCUCUGACUGUGGUGGGUCGCUGGAAUGCCCUGCCGGAUGUGGCAGUGGAGGCAAAUACAGAUUCAUUUGUAUAUAACAUCUGUAAGGAGCCUCCGUACGUGCUCCCCGUGGAAUGCUUGGGUUUUCUCCAGGUGCUGCAGUUUCCUACCAUGGUCCAAAGUCACACCAGUCAGUGGAUUGGAAGAUCCGUGAUUAGGCUAGGGUUAAAUCGGGGGUUGCUGAGUGGCUCAGCUCGAAGGGCCGAUAAAGCAUACAAUGAAAUGUGUCAUUUGUGUCACCAACACAACCCAAGGAUGCCUGGGCAAGGCCCAUAAAUGUCACCACACCUUCUGGUGCCAAUAUGUCCAGCAUAACAAUAGUCCAUGCUCUUAGAUCGGGGGUCGGCAACCUGCGGCUCCCGAGCCAUUUGUGGCUCUUUCAC